GCACAACAAAAUAAGGAGAAUAACUCUCAACAAAAUAAGGCUAAUAACUCUCACAAAAAAACAAAAUCAUGUCAACACAGUAAAUAAAGAUGUCUGAUGACGAAAAGUUAGCACGAAAGCUGCAAGCCCAGUUUGAUCAAGAAGCAGCAGAGUUCUUAAGCAACCAUGCAAGUUAUACCAAGCUGAAGAGUAGAUCUAGUCAUAAUAAGGUCCACACAGUCUCAGAUUCUGAAGAUACUGACAGUGAAAGUGAUUCUAAACUUGAUGGUUCAAAUGAUCUAUUUGAUGCUUCUGACAAAGAUUCUAACAGAAGCGUGGAUGUUUCUGGUGACAAAGCUUCAAAUAAAGAAUCUUAUCCAAAGCCUGAGAAAAAGUUGCCAGUUUGUCCAUAUGGCUCCAAAUGUUACAGAAAAAAUCCAAUUCACCUUAAGGAGUAUUUCCACCCAAGAAGUCCAGGGAAAAGAAAGCUAGAUGAACAAGAAGAUAGAGCAGAAAGCAGUGAUGUCAACAAAAAAACUAAAGGGGCCUCAACCCAUAACAUUCUGAAUAGAUCUCCUCAAGAUGUCUAUCAAGAGUUUCAGCCCUUUAGUUUCUUUCUCACCAAAGUUGCAGAUAUUCCACAGAAGUUUAAUACCCAGGGAGCAAUGUCAUUAAAAGACAUAUUGUCUAACUCCAUGGGUGUGCUAAGGUCAUCUUGUCAUUUUAAUUUCAUGUUUGACAUCAAGUGGUUGAUGAGUCAGUACCCAGCCGAUUUUAGGAAAUUGCCUGUCCUUCUUGUGCAUGGGGAGCAGGGAAGAAGUGAGACAGACUUGAAAUCCGAAGCCUCAGACUAUGCAAACAUUACUUUAUGUCGGGCAGCCUUGGAUAUACCAUACGGCACACAUCAUACAAAGAUGAUGUUGCUUCUAUAUGAGAGUGGAAUGAGAGUUGUCAUCCACACUGCCAACUUGAUAGAUAAUGACUGGCAUCAGAAAACUCAAGGAGUUUGGAUCAGCCCAUUAUUUCCACCUUUGAAGAAUUCAUCAGACAAAGGAGAUUCCACAACAGGGUUCAAGGCUGACUUGUUGCAAUAUAUCGCAGCCUACCGAUCAAUUAAACUGACACCUUGGGAGAAACACAUUCAAUCACAUGACAUGUCCUCAGCAAAUGUCUACAUCAUUGGCUCUGUACCAGGAAGACACACUCUAAACAAUAAACACAACUGGGGACACUUAAAACUGAAAAAGGUUUUGUCAGAGAGAGGACCAGAUUCUGGGCUAGUCAAAAACUGGCCAGUGAUAGGUCAGUUCUCAAGCAUUGGCUCUUUAGGACCCAACAAGGAGGCUUGGCUUUUGAAUGAGUGGGGUCAGUCUAUCUCAGUAUGUAAGAGUGAACAAAAUGGAUCUUUAUUGCCGUCAAAACUAAAUCUUAUAUUUCCUUCACUAGACAACAUUCGUCUAAGUCUGGAAGGCUACAAUGGUGGUGGUUGUGUACCUUACAGCAUUAAGACUGCCUCCAAACAGCCGUGGCUUGUACAGUUUUUCAGCCAGUGGGUCUCAGAAGGUAGAGGUAGGUCAAAAGCAGUGCCUCAUAUCAAGACAUAUGCCCGUGUCUCACCUGAUGGUUCUCAAGCUGCUUGGUUUAUGGUCACCAGUGCCAACCUCUCCAAAGCUGCCUGGGGUUCAUUAGAGAAAGAUAAAAGCCAGCUGAUGAUCAGAUCUUAUGAACUUGGUGUUCUGUUCUUGCCUCAAUGUUUUGGCUGUAAAAAUGCAUUUAAUGUCAGCAGUCGUCUAGAGGAAGUUGUUGGGACGACUAGUCCUGUUUUCCCACUACCUUAUGAUCUUCCAGCUCAGACUUACCAAAAGGGAGAUCGCCCCUGGCUUAUUGAUGUCCCUUGCAUGGAUAAACCCGACACUUUUGGAACAAUGUGGUGUCCACCAUUGUAGCAACAAAGUCAUUUCUCAAAACAUGUAGAAAUCAUGUGACCAGCCUUAAAAUGUCAUUUCUAUUUUUAUCCAGCAGUUAAUGUUUAACUAAAACAUCGAUUCAUUUAUUACAAGAAACAUUUAUUUUUGUUUUUGAUGAUCAUAUUUACUUUUACUAGUGGUACAAGGGGGUUUGAGGAUGUGUGAGAUGAACAAUGUGUUGGAUACAUGUUUAAUGUAUAUAACGAUGGGUCUAGUGUUAGAUAGAACAAUUAUCUCCCUCAAGAAGGAAUCAAAAAAUUAAAUUUAGGUGUCCAAUUUGUGAAGUACAAAACAAACUUCUGUUGUAAAUACAAAAAUUACAGAUUCUUAUGACACAUUGUACAUCUGUUUUCUUUACUUUGGCAAUAUCCAUUUAUUUGUUUUGUCUGAUGCAGUAAAGUACCCCUUUCAGACCUUGUCACUUAUAGGUCAAAUAAUGUAAUGGUCAUUUGUUUCUAUGGGUGUCAUGUAGCCAACACAACCAACUAAUGUCAGGUACCUAUUACAGUUGGGUGGACUCCAGGGUGUCGUAAAAAUCCCAAAAUAAAAAUUGCCACCUUUUACGAAGAUUUGAACCCAUGACCACUUGAUUCAAAAGCCAAGGUCUUUACCACUCUGCCACUGCAGUCCUGACCUAGUGGUACUGGGUGGACUGAUCUCCUUAGACCUAAGUAUAAGGUCCCAUGCUCAAGUAAUGUCGUGGGCACGACAUGGCCUAAAGUUGGCAGAUGUGCCAAAAAUCCAAAAUGGAAAAAAAUCCAAACCUAUGUAAUGUUGUAUCACAAAACAUUCUACUUUUUAAUACAUGCAUGAAGUAUUCUAUCUUUUAGUUGGCCACUUGACCGUAAGAAAAAAAAAACAACAGUAGAAAUGUCAAACUUAUUAAUGUUUAACAUUUGUCAAACUGUUUGGUUCAACAGUUAGGUGUGAUUUGACUCUAUGAGAACUCAAGAUAAAUUUCAUAGCAAUAACAUAUUUAGUACUUAGAGAUAAAAAAGAAAAAAAAAAUUCUAGGACUGGACUUGUUUAUUUUUUGUUGUGCAUUGUCUUUCACUACUUCUAAAUGAAAUGAAUGUUGUUUUCCUCCUAUUAUGUUCAUAUUACAAAUGAUUGAACAGCAAUAAACACUGAGACUCCACACUGA